AAGAACGAACUGAAGAAGUUCCACCAGGUUCUGAGUACAGAUUACCCAGAAUGCUUAGAGAGUCUGAAGGAUGAGGAUGAAGAGGAGAGGAGGAGCUCAGAGGCUUUUCUGAAGAUCACACUGAACUUCCUGAGGUGGAUGAAGCAGGAGGAGCUGGCUGAACGUCUUCAGUCUGGAGUUCAGCGGAAACUGAAACGUAACCUGCAGCAGAAGUUUGAGUGUGUGUUUGAGGGCAUCGCUAAAGCAGGAAACCCCAAAACCCUCCUGAACCAGAUCUACACAGAGCUCUACAUCACAGAGGGAGGGGCUACAGAGGUCAACCAGGACCAUGAGGUCAGACAGAUUGAAGCAGCAUCCAGGACCUCACACAGACCACCAACAACCAUCACAUGUGAAGACAUCUUUAAAACACCACCUGACAGAGAUCAACCAAUCAGAACAGUGCUGACAAAGGGCGUGGCCGGCAUCGGGAAAACAGUCUUAACACAGAAGUUCAGUCUGGACUGGGCUGAAGACAAAGCCAACCAGGACAUCCACUUCAUAUUUCCAUUCACCUUCAGAGAGCUGAAUGUGCUGAAACAGAAGAAGUUCAGCUUGGUGGAACUGGUUCAUCACUUCUUCAUUGAAACCAAAGAAGCAGGAAUCUGGAUCUUUGAAGACCUCCAGGUGGUGUUCAUCUUAGAUGGUCUGGAUGAGUGUCGACCUCCUCUGGACUUCAACAACACUCAGAUCCUGACUGAUGUUACAGAGUCCACCUCAGUGGAUGUGCUGCUGAUGAACCUCAUCAGGGGGAACCUGCUUCCCUCUGCUCGCCUCUGGAUAACCACACGACCUGCAGCAGCCAAUCAGAUCCCUGCUCAAUGUGUUGACAUGGUGACAGAGGUCAGAGGGUUCACUGACCCACAGAAGGAAGAGUACUUCAGGAAGAGGUUCACAGAUGAAGAACAGACCAACACAAUCAUCUCCCACAUCAAGACGUCACAAAGCGUCCACAUCAUGUGUCACAUCCCAAUCUUCUGCUGGAUCACUGCUACAGUUCUGGAGGACGUGUUGAAGACCACAGACAGAAGACAACUGCCCAAGACCCUGACUGAGAUGUACAUCCACUUCCUGGUGGUUCAGGCCAAACUGAAGAACGUCAAGUAUGAUGGAAGAUCUGAGACAGAUCCACCCUGGAGUCCAGAGACCAGGAAGAUGAUUGAGUCUCUGGGAAAACUGGCCUUUGAGCAGCUGAAGAAAGGAAACCUGAUCUUCUAUGAAUCAGACCUGACAGAGUGUGGCAUCGAUAUCAGCUCAGCCUCAGUGUACUCAGGAGUGUUCACAGAGGUCUUUAGAGAGGAGAGAGGACUGUACCAGGACCAGAGGUUCUGCUUCAUCCAUCUAAGUGUCCAGGAGUUUGUGGCUGCUCUUCAUGUCCACCAGAUCUUCAUCAACACUGGAGUCAAUCUGCUGUCAGAAGAACAAACCACAUCCCAGAGGUCUGGAUCUGCACAGACACAGUUCUACCAGACCGCUGUGGACCAGGCCUUACAGAGUCCAAAUGGACACCUGGACCUGUUCCUUCGCUUCCUCCUGGGUCUAUCACUGCAGACCAAUCAGAAUCUCCUCCAAAGUCUGGUGAAACCAACAGGAAGUAGCUCAGAGACCAAGAAGAAGACAGCUAAGUACAUCAAGGAGAAGAUCAAUGAUAAACUGUCUGUAGAGAAAAGCAUCAACCUGUUCCACUGUCUGAAUGAACUGGAGGAUCGAUCUCUGGGGAAUCAGGUCCAAUGGUAUCUGAAACGUGGAGGUGUCGAGUUUCCGUCUCCUGCUCAGUGGUCAGCUCUGGUCUUCAUGUUACUGUCAUCAGAUAAAGAUCUGGAUGAGUUUGACCUGAACAAAUACUCUGGCUCAGAGAAGGCUCUUCUGAAUUUGCUGCCAGUCGUCAAAGCCUCCAACAAAGCUGUGUGAGUCCAGACAGAGUGGAGUUUAUUGAAUUUAGACUGUCUGCUC